AUGUCCUUGCUCAUGAUGGGGGCUAUCACCAACUUGUUAGUCAUUGGUAUAUUAGACAACGCCCUACUUAGGCCUGGGCGUUUUGACCGCCAGAUAACAAUUGAUGUACCCAACAUUAAAGGCCGUGACAAGAUUUUUCAGAUUUACUUGAAAACAAUCAAACUUGACCAUGAGCCCUCAUAUUAUUCUCAAAGGCUUGCAGCCCUUACUCCAGGUUUUGCUGGAGCAGAUAUUGCUAAUGUUUGCAAUGAAGCUGCCCUGAUUGCUGCAAGAACCGAUGAAGCACAAGUCACAAUGGAUCAUUUCGAGGCAGCUAUUGAUAGGGUCAUUGGUGGUUUGGAGAAGAAGAACAAGCUCUUAGGAGAAGGUUGCUGGAUUGAAGCUAGUGAGAAUAAUAUGAUAGCUAUGCAGCAAACUGCGUCGACGCAGCAACAACACUACAUGGCCAAUAAUAUUCCCAUUGGAAUGGGAGAAGGUGACCAUGUUAAUCAUCAUCAAGUUGAUCAGGAAAGUGGUUUUGUUGUUGGGAAGAGAUGGUGGAUCGGGCCGAGGGCGAGUCAAGGUCCAUCGACUUUGGUGAAAGAGAGAUUAGUAGUUGCUGUUGGUUACUUAAAAGAGUACACAAAGAACUCUUUCAACAACGUACUUAUUCACAUAUGGGUGCCUGUUCUAAGGAGGAGAUCAGCAAUUCAAUAUCUGCAGCAGGAUUCCAGUUCAUCUGUUCCGAUUUCUGUGAAUCCAAACAUGAAUGUUCAUGUUCGAUUCUUUAGAAGCCACGAGUAUCCGCGACAUCAGCAACAGAAGCAACAAUAUGGUUCUCUUUUAGCAUUUCCUGUGUUCGAAAGAGGAAGUGGAACAUGUCUAGGUGUCAUUGAGUUUGUUAUCGCCAAUCAAAACCUCAUCAAUUAUCGUCCACAACUCGAUCAUCUCUCCAAUGCUCCCGAGGCUGUUGAUUUUAGAAGUAGCCACAACAUGAAUAUUCCACCAGCAGUAAAGGUUUUUGAGGAGUUGUACGAAGCGGCGGUGAAUGAGAUCGUAGAGGUGUUGGCGUCUGUAUGCAAGACUCACAAUUUGCCACUAGCGCUAACAUGGGCUCCUUGCAUACAACAAGGAGGAGGAAAAGGUACUACCAGUGGUGGUGGAUGCAGUGUUUCGAUUACAUUUCCAACGGAUCAGAUGAACAAUAAUAAUCAUAUGAUGAUGAGUUGCAUAUCGACUGUUGAUUCAGCUUGUUAUGUUGGUGACAUGGAGAUGUUAAGAUUUCAAGAUCAAAUGCAAAUGGUUGAAGAGGAUAAAGACAUAGAAAUGUUGCCAAAACAAAAAUAAAAGAAGAAGAAAACUUAUAUAUAUGAAGAAAGUGUUAUGACUUAGUUAAAAUAUGAUUUUUAUGUGUGUAUGAUUUUAUAGUACUUGAAAUAUUAUGACUACACAUGAUUUUG